UCAGCAAUAAGCCCUCAAACGUCAUCCAGUUAGAAGCCGGAACGGAUCGCAGCGCAACGCAUCGCAUCGCAACGCGUCGUGUUUUCCUCCUAUAUAGAGAGUGUCCAAGUCCAGUGUCUAGUGUCCAGUGUCGCAUCAUCCAGAGAUCCCAGCCAGCAAAUAAAGUGAAAAACGAGAAGAGAAGAGAAAAUGUCAUUAAUACCAUUUAUACUCGAUCUCGCGGAGGAGUUGCACGACUUCAACUUGCAACGCAAUCUUAAUCUCGGCCUGGACCUCAUGGAUGAGGUUGGGGGAGGUGGCUUCGGUGUGUAUCCCUUGGAGCAGCAGCUGGCAGCCGCCACAGUAGGAGCAACCUCAACACAAGGCGCACAACAACAACAACAGCUGUCGCCGCCAUCGGGUCGCCGUGUGGCUGCCACACGUCUUGGCCACUCCUCCUCCCCGCCAGCAGGGGGCACAUCGAUGCUCUGGGUGCCCAUUAAGAGCGGAUUGGGAUUGGGCAUGGGAAUGGGACAUCGUCAUCAUCCCUAUGGACGUGUGGCCGGAGCCAAGACCGUCUGCUGCAAUAAGUCGCUGCUGGAGUUGGAGAAAGAGAUGGGCGACAAGGUCAACUCGAGUUCCUCCGCCGCUUCCGCCUGCUCCUCCUCUUCAGCAACACCAUCAGCAGCAGCAGCAGCCAAGACAACAGCAGCAACUUCUUCCUCUGCCUACUCGGUGGUCAAUCGGAAUGGUUUCCAGGUGAGCAUGAACGUCAAGCAGUUCGCUGCCGACGAGCUCAGUGUGAAGACCAUCGACAAUUGCAUCGUCGUCGAGGGGCAGCACGACGAGAAGGAGGACGGACAUGGGGUCAUCUCGCGUCACUUUAUACGCAAAUAUCUGCUACCCAAGGGCUUCGAUCCGGCCGACGUUCAUUCCACGCUCUCUUCGGACGGCAUUCUCACUGUUCGUGCGCCACCACCGCCGCCGCCCGCUCCCAAGUUGGGUGAAGAGAGAGCCGUGGAGCGCAUUGUCGACAUACAGCAGCUGCAGUCGGCGUCGCAGUCGCAGCAGCCACAGCAGCAGCAGCCGAAGGAUGUGCAGUUGGCAACUCCAAAAGCAACGAACGAAGUUGAAGCGCAGCCAGCGCCAAAAACAGCUGCAGCAUCGGCUGCUCUCAACAACAACAGCGAGACGAAGAGCAACAACUCGAAUAAUAACAACAACAGUGAGCCGAAGAGCAACACGAACAGCAGCGAGCCGAAGAGCAUCACGAACAACAGCGAGCCGAAGAGCAACACGACCAGCAGCGAGCCGAAGAGCGCAGUCAACAACACUACGAAUAACAACAACAGCGAGCCGAAGAGCAGCACCAACUCUAGCAACAGCGAGCCGAAGAGCAGCGAUUCGAAAUGCGCUGAAGAGCGCAAUGGCAAUGUAGAAACAACUGCGGCAGCCGCUGUUGCCGUCGAUGUCAACGCCAACGCCAACGCAGCUGAGACAUCCACUGCGACUGCGACUACGACUGCAGAAGAAACUGCAAAUGCAAAAACAAAAGAGACAGAGACUGAGCCCGAUGUGCAAACUUCCAAUAGCAACAACAAUGCCACAACUACUACUUCCAUUGCCAAUUCUAAUUCGAGUGCCAACAACGGCGAACAGCAGCAGCAGCCAGAGUCAGAGUCUCUGAUGGAAGUGGACUCUGCCGAAGCUGCAAGCGCCGCCAAAGAAGACGCCGCCGUUAGCAGCAGCAGCAGCAGCGCUGCAGAGGAAACGAAACCCGAAGAUGCCAAUGCCAAUGGCAAGUCAAGCAUCGCCGAGAAAAAAGAGGAGCAGCAACAGCAGCAGGACGAGGAGGAUGAGAUGCCAGCCGCCAAGAAAGCCAAAACAGAAACGGUUACAACGGCAGCAGAGGAGCCACCAAAGGAGGAGAAGAGCGUCAAAGGUGCCGAGGAAAUUGCUGCUGAGGAUGCAGCCAUAUUGCUGGCCAAGAAUCAGGCCAACAAUGAGAAUGGUGCUGCAGUCACAGUUACAGUUCCCGUUGCUGUCGCUGUCGCUGCCGGCGGCAAGGCUGAAGAGGCCAAAUGAAUAAAGAGAGACUGAAUUAAAGAGAACUACAACUACAUACAACCACAAGAAUUAAGAGAAAUUUGCGCGUUUUAUGCUCUAAAUGUUUUUUGUGUUUAAUUCCACAAAUUCGCAAAUACACCAAGAAUAUUAGAGAGAUAGAAAGAGACACGAGUUCCCAAGAGAACGCAGAGAAGAGAUGAAACUAUGAUAUGAAAUUAUGAUUUCCUACACAGCAAAAGUGUGAAACAAUUACGACUACAAGUAUUCAGUAAACAUUAAGCACAUUAUGUACUUAACUUACAAGUAAAUAAAGAAUUCAAAGAGUA